CGAUAACGCAAUAGAACCGUGUUUACUCCCACGCAUAAGCUCUGCCGCCGCGUCAGUGGUCAUCGAGGGAUUGGAACAGUCCGUUUCGCUUACACAUCGGAGACGCCCGCUUUCCCGUCGCCUAAAUCGAGAGCGGCUGCCCUGAGCCAUGGUACCCAAACCUGAAAACAAGCUGACCGCCUGGUACGUGAACGAGCCGGACAAGGUGCUGGACGCCCAAAGGAUCCAGCAAAUCAUAGGAGAAGGCGCUGAGUUCUAUGAGACUUCGUCGUACGAGGACGCCGCCGCCAUGCUGGAGUGCAUCAGGCAGAGGAAGAAAAUUCGCUACGAGGACCGCCUACAUCUCUCACCGCACAAGGACGACUACGUGACCAUGACGGAGAUGUUCCGGCGCGAGCACAAGCACCCGGACGAGGAAGUGCGCUACUUUGAGCGCGGUACUGGCUUCCUGGACGUGCGCGACAAGUCCGACCGGUGGCUGCGCCUGCAGGUCGGUGCGGGCCACCUGCUUGUUCUGCCCGCGCAGAUAUACCACCGCUUCUCACCGGCAACGCAACAGGAGGAGAUAGUCGUUCACCGCCUCUUUGAAGAUGUAGAUACCUGGACAGCAGACUUCAGGGAUGACAAAGGCGACCAGUGACACGUUCGUCGAUCUCCAUGUUUAGCUAUGCUGCUUGCGAUUGCAUGCACUACAAGCGCAUAUAACAAUUGCACCUUUCACAAAUGUUGCACCAUGUUUUACACUUUGUUUAGCUCCUUUCUCUACACGUAGCAAGUCACUAACAUCCAUGCGUUUCCCUUGACACAUUAUGUGCUGCAACACCACUGUGUGCAUGCAGGUUCAUUCAGCCAGUGGCAAAUUUAUCAGACUUUAUUCUUCCUAAUCUUAGGGUAGAAAGGGGGCACCUAGUUUUAUUUGAUUGCAUUAUUCAUCACCUUUGUUUGAGAUCUUUGUACAUCUUUACACUGCAAACACUCUACACAGUUUUCGUUUCACAGAAAUUUUAUGCAUUUUCUUAUGCAAGCGAGAAACUUAUAACUAGUGGUUGUGUUCAGGCAAUGCAGUCAUGAAACAUAUCGCAUAACAAAACCAUAUUAACACAUCUUAUGUGUGAUAGCACACAGUAACCAUCUCACUCAGACAAACGUCUUGAAAAGGAAUUUCAAUAUUGCUUACAUUUACAUUCACUGCUAUCUUCACGAACGUGUGGCAGCACUUUGCUACUGCUUUUUUUUUCUCACUGCUUUAUGUGAUGAUGUAAGAAUGCAAGUACAAAACAUAGGAUAUAAGCUGAAAUCUUUUCCUAUCUUGUACAAAUAUUACCACAGUGUGAAAGGCACCUUGCCCUCUAGAUCAAAUGCCACAAGGUUCUACAAGCAAUCCUUUAGAUAUAAGUCGUGUGCAUAUACUUUCUCAUUAGACAAGAAAUGUGUUUAUCAUUACUUAUGUGGAGCUGCGCAAAACCCACUAUUACUUUGUUUCUGAACCCAGAAUAAACCAGUAGUCUUGCACCCCCUAACAAAA